UACCACCCCAACAGUUGCUGUGAAUCUUAAGGGGGUCCAAUGACUGACUAGGGCAAAGGGUUUAGCUGGAUUCACAACGUGAUAUCUUGGUGAAAUAAGACAAGAGGGCACACUUUGCUGAAUGCAUCUCACUGACAGUGCAUACCUCUUCCAGUCCGUCCAGCAGGCCCUCUUCUGUUUCUGCAGCCAUGGCGAGACGUAAGGCAAAGAAGCCGCAGCUAGACGACACUUCAAUCCUCCUGGAGUCCUCAGCGCCUCAUUCCAGGGGAAUCACGAACUCUUACACCUCUCCAGCUCUAUUGUUCAUAAUUAUCUUCAUGGUCGGUGCCAGUAUAAUGGGGUGGUUUUGUGUGCAACAGCAGCAGAGUCUCGACGAUCUGUCAGGGUCCUUUACAACAAUGCAAAAGAGAAUCACAAAGCUUCAACAGGUGCUGGACGUAACGGACGAGCAGACUGACACAGGUCUGAACGUGGAGAAGAGGAUCGUCACCCUGGAGGAGGCUCACAAACAGGCUCAAGAGGAGGCUGAGGUUGCCCAGGCCACGUCAGAGAAGUUGCACAAUUCCGACCUCUUCUCACAGUUUUUGGACCUCCAUGAUGAGAUGGACACCCGCUUAGCUGAGAUAAACCAGGUCUCCGUAUCCGCCUCGACUCUCCAGGCCUUGUUCAAGAACCAGAGUGAGGAGUUUGAGUCUGUGAAGGAGAGCGUUGUGGCUGGUUUGAGCUCCAGUGUCGCACUGUCUGACAAUAUGGAAGGACUGACUAAUGCUGUGGCCACCGCCUCCUCCAGAGUAGACCAGCAGGUUGCAUCUGUGGAGGCUCUUAAUGCCAAGAUACAAGGACAAGCCUCAGAGCUGGAUGAACUGAAAGAGUCUAUGCGCCUUCGUAAUGUUGCUCUUCAAACAAACAACCAGGAGAUUGCUGCAGUAAAGGAUCUUAUCAAGGCUGAGAAGGCCAUGCGGGCCCAGGCUUUACAAAGCAUAGUCAAUGCUGUGCAGAUGACUCUCGAUGAGCAGUUUUUCACUUCACAGACACUCCACAGCAGCGUCAUGGCUCAGCUGCAGACUUUUCACAGUCAGUUGGCGCACACUCCUUGGUCAUUGAAAUCUAAGUCAGAGGAGGAGAGCAUUGCAGCAGAGGAGCUCAUCCCCACUCCAGCACUGAAUUCUACUGAAGUGCAGGAGAACCAAGAAGAUGAUGAGAAAGAGGCUGAGCAGCAGGGAGCAGCAGAUUCAGCAGAAGAAGAGUCAGAAGAGGGGGAGGGAGAUCAGGAACAACCACCUCUGGAGCAGGAGAUGGUGACGGAUGUUGCAGAGGACAAGGAGGAAGAAGUAGUUACAGAGGAGGAGGAGGAGGAGGAGGAAGUUACACCAGAAGAGGAGGAGGACAUAACAGGACAGAGUGAGGAGCAGGUAGAAACUGAGGAGCCAGCAGAAGAGGAUGCUUCAGAAGAUAUGGUAGACGAUGCCAGUUUGGACAACUCUUCAGAGGAGGAGGAGGAAUCUGAAGAAGAAGUUGAGGAAAGCUGGGAUGCUGUAGAGGAAGAAUCAGCUGAAUUAAAUAUUGAUGUCAUGGAUGAGGGUGAGGAGGACGAGUAGUUAAAUACUUUAAUAGUUAAUAAAACUGUGAUUUUAUAAGUUAUAUAAAUAAUGGGAACCAUUUUUACUGCAGCUUUCACUGGUAGUAGCUAAGCUUCGUAGUAUUCGUUUUAUUCCACCUGUUUGGUCUACUAAUAAAUGAACUGUCAGGAAAACUGUCAGUUUUUGCUAUUUAAAGAUUUUUCUAAAACAAUGCUGAAUACUUAUAUAGAAUAUAGCUGUUAAAUUAUAUGUCAUCCAAAAAGAAAGUCAAAAAUCUAAAUUUUUACAAUUCCAGCUCCUUGAACAUGAGUACUUAAUGUUGUUUUGGUUAUUUUUUUGUUUAUUUGUGGGUUGUGGACAUAGCAAGACAUUUGAUGAUGUCAUUUUGGACUCCAAGAAAUACUGAUUGUCUCUUGGUGACUUUUUUUAUUCUCUGUGUACCAAAAAGAAAAUAAAGUCUUUAAAUUAAG